UUCAUGCCCUAACUUGAAAUCGACCGACAGCCCCUGGGUCUCCGAGGAUGUGUAUUGACAGACGUGCCGUUCGAGUUAUCGAGGGCAAAAAUAUACAGAGAGUGACCUGAAGAGAAACGACAAUUGCUUCGAGUUAGCGGGAUGUUCGAGUUAUCGAGGGUUUAAGUUGCCGAGGGUAAAACUGUAGUAAAUGUGUGACGGAAAUCUAGGGGAAAUCAAUUUUGGUUUGAGUUAGCGCGAGAUUUUAGUAACUGAGGGUUUGAGUUAUCGAGAGUUGACUGUUAAAGGCCCACGGUGGGCCCUGAAACCUGAAGAUCAUUAUCAGUUGAAAUACCCUAAUCAGACUUCGAAGCGAACAGGAAACUGCCCGCACAAGAUAUAAACGUCCCACAUAAAGAAUCAAAACUAGAUAUUUGCAAUGUUCAAAUUUGUUCUACUUCCGAGAAACUUCUUGUUUUCCAAUGAGUAAAACUGUCUGAUUGGAAUCUGCGACACAUCGUGCUCAAGGGCACGUAGUAAUAGUGGUGAGGGGUUGUGUUACGCGUUGAUUCAUUUAGAAACGUCCGGGUUAAUUACUUCCUAAGUCUUCUCCUUUACGUGACGGUUUUUUUUUUACAAAAAAAGACGCCCGUGUGCAUUUGCUGAGGCACUAGUAAUGGUAACAUCUUGGGAAAGUUUUUCCUAGGUUUUCACUCAUAACUUACAAAUCUUACCUAAGUAGCGAAGUAGUACCUAAGUAGUGUCACUGUCAUGGUGAUCAGAAUCCUUAGAUGCUAAUUUUUUUUUGGAAAGGUUUCUUAUUUCCUUAUUGCUGUCAACAGGUCAAGACUUCCUGCCAAUCAUUAUAUUUCAUUAGCAGCCUAAACAAGAGCCCUUAUUGGUGCAUUUCGUUGGAACUCAAUCAAGGGCGGAGAACAGGGGUCCCUUAGGGUGCACGCGAUCCCCUUUGUCACCGCUCCCCCUCGUUUAGAAUAAGGUCUAAUUCGUAAGAACAAAACAAUCGGAUAUACCAGCAAGUCGCUGAUGUAGAAUCCUUCUAUUUGUAAUCUAUCUUUACCUCUUAAAAACGUUUUCUGAAAUAUAUUACCAUUAAUGACUAAUCGAGCUAGGUACAAACCAAAUAGUUUGCUGUCUGACUCUCCCAAUAGCGAACUGUCAACUUUUGAUGACAUUGUACAUAAGAUUGUCAUAAGAUUGUCACAGAACGCUAAAAACAGCGCCCUUCAUUAGACGCGCGUCAUAUUUCUUCUCCCUACGCGUAUCAUGUAAAUUUGAAAACAAUCAACUGCACCGUUACCUUUUACAAAAGUAAGAACGAAUCAAGAAAGAGGAACGAUAAAUACUACAUAACUCUCGAGCCACUACAAGAACAUACUCUUCAUAAGCGACUGGGAUUCUGAAAAGUUGGAAACGAAACUGAGAGGAAGAUCUAUACUUUUGCAAGAUUAAUCUGCAAAAAUGUAUGAUCCGGCUGAUUUGGAAGGAGGAUUUCGCCCAAACAGGGAUUCAGAAAGCCGAGAAGCGGUGGAGUCUUCUGAUGCUAAAGCCAUACAGUUUUCGGAGACAACUUUUCUAGAGAAAAGAGGAUAUAGGUCACUCUCGCACUCCGACGAACAAGGCCAAGAUGAAAGAAAGGAACGAAGACAUGGAAGAGAAGGCUGCUGGGAGAGCGCACAAGUGAGACCAAAAACAGCCAUGGGAUAUUCCCAAAAGGAAACGAGUAAAAGUGAAAUGUACAAUGAGGAUGUGCUUGUGAGACCAUGCACAGCUACGGGAGGUGCAGAGACUCUAAGACCAAGACGACAACGGUGGAAUUUUGAUUCAGUGCGUUCGUCAGAUGUAGAUCCAGAAUGGCUCGAAGAACUCCGGAGACCAAAAGGAGAAAAAAAUGUUCCAAAAGAGUAUUCCGCUGACGUUUCAAAGAAGAACUAUAAACCUGAACUGGAGGUAAAGGAUAAAGGGUUCGGUGUGAGAGGAACUCAAAGUCGAAGACGACCAUUGGUGAGGUCUCAUACAGUGUGCUUACCGAACAGAAUGGAAAGUGAAGAACGGCUUGAGAAAACACAGAGAAGAGAGAAAAGAGUUUAUGAAGAGCGACCCACAGAAAUCUUGAACGAGAAGAACGAUGAACUUGAAGAGAAUUAUCGGGAAAAAGAUUUUACACCGCGACAAAGCGAAAAAGGAUCAAAUGGUUCAGAGGAAAGAUUGACGCCUGAGACGCCGAAUAAACGGGAAACGCAUGAAAAAAGAAUUGGUGACCUUGAGAACACAUUAAUGAAAGUUCCCGAACAACAAGAACGAGAUAGAAAGAAAGAUGAACAAGAACCGACUAACAAGGAAGCCAAUCAGAGGUUAGUUGAUCUACCAAGUGAACCAAAUGCGGUGAAGGAACAAAGCGAGCUGCAAACACUAGAUGAGUGGGACUGGAUCAUUUCUUUUGAUGAAAUAUGCAUUUCGAAGAAGUCUCUUGGGCGAGGUGGUUGGGGAGAAGUUUUAGAGGGAGAUUUCAGAGGCUGCAAGGUUGCUGUGAAGAAGAUUCACGACCGAAUACUAACGCCUUAUUACGUCCAAUUAUUUAUAAGAGAAAUGAAGAUGGCUUCCAGAUGCCGCCACCCCUGUUUGCUGCAGUUCAUUGGAGCUACAUACGAUGUCAAAAGUCCACUUAUUAUAACAGAACUCAUGGAAUCGAGUUUACGACAGUUGUUAGAGCGGCAAUCUCUCACCAACAUAGAAAUUUCGGUUGUCUCUUUGGACGUGGUACGUGCAUUGAAUUAUCUUCAUAAGCAAAAUCCUCCUAUCCUCCAUCGAGACAUAAGCAGUGCAAAUGUGUUGCUAUGGCGACAGGGUUUCCAGUGGCGAGCCAAGGUAUCGGAUUAUGGUACUGCUAACUUUCUCAAGUCAAUAGAGACACCAGCACCUGGAAAUCCGGUCUACAGUGCUCCUGAGGCAGUAAACAAAAAAACUUAUACAACCAAGGUCAGAUGUUCCUAUCCAAGUUCAUUUAUGAGAUUUUCCUCACACUAA